CUUUCACCGCAGGUCGAAGUCAUUGUUAUGUUGAUUUCUAUUACUAUUUCUAUCUUAUUUUUAAAUACUAUAUAAUUUCAAUUAAGAAAUUUAUUUACAGUAAAUAUUGUCAUUUAAAAACAAAAAAAAAAAAAAACAGAAACGCUCAAUAGGCGAUAUAAGGUACAUGACUUUGAUAGAGAAGCGUUCAGGUCAUCGUCGGCACAUACGAUGACGGGCCUUCAUCUGCAAGAUGAAGUUCAUCGGCGUUCGUUGGAGAACCCAGAGUCUUUUUGGGCAGACCAUGCCGCAAAACUCCACUGGCAUAAACCUCCAAAGUCCAUCUUGACUAAGACAACGAAGAAAUUCGGAAGGGGGGUCGAGUAUCCCCAUUGGGAUUGGUUCACGGGCGGUGAAAUAUCGACAUGUUUUAACUGUGUUGACCGUCACGUUCUUUCUGGCAACGGCAACACGCCUGCCAUUUUCUACGACAGUCCUGUCACAAAGACCAAGAGAGCAAUCACAUAUGCGCAACUACUCGAAGAGGUUGAGGUUACGGCUGGUGCCCUGAGAGAAGAGGGGGUGAAGAAAGGAGAUGUCGUAUUGGUUUAUAUGCCAAUGAUACCUGCAGCUUUAAUUGGUAUUCUCGCUAUCAACCGACUCGGUGCAAUCCAUGCUGUUGUAUUCGGUGGAUUUGCCGCUGCUUCCUUGGCUCAACGCAUCGAAGCAUCCAAACCUGUGGCCAUCCUAACAGCUUCGUGUGGAAUCGAUGGAGCUAAGCCAACAAUGAGUUACAAGCCUUUGUUAUCAGAGGCCGUUCGAAUAUCUAGCCACAAGCCAAGUCGGGUCAUAGUCUGGCAGCGAGAUGAACUACGGUGGGACCCAUUGGACAGGUCCACGGGAGAGCGCAAUUGGUAUAAGAUAGUACAGAGCUGUAGAGGGAGAGGCGUGAAGGCUAGCUGCGUGCCUGUUGGUUCUGCCGAUGAGAUCUAUAUUAUCUACACUAGCGGAACAACCGGGUCCCCUAAAGGUGUUGUACGUCAAGCAGGCGGCCACGCAGUCGGUCUACACCUUUCGAUAAGUUACCUUUUUGGUGUCCAUGGGCCUGGAGAUGUUAUGUUUACAGCGAGCGAUAUAGGCUGGGUUGUGGGACAUUCCUACAUCAUCUACGCACCUCUUCUUGUUGGGGCAGCUACGGUUCUUUUCGAAGGAAAACCUGUGGGAACACCGGAUAGCUCGACGUUGUGGCGCAUCAUACAUGAUUACAAAGUAACGAGCCUAUUCACUGCCCCAACCGCUUUGCGAGCUAUUAAGAGAGAUGACCCGGAAAACAAGUCUCUCAAGAAGAUAGGUGAACAAGGUGGACUAAAAAGUCUAAAGGGGCUCUUCCUUGCCGGAGAAAGAUCAGAACCAUCGAUAAUCACUAUGUAUCAAGAACUCAUACGGCGGUAUGGCGCCCCUGACGCUACCGUAGUAGAUAAUUGGUGGUCGUCAGAAUCAGGUUCACCAAUUUCAGGCAUCAGCAUAGCUCCACACGCGGCCAGCUCCAGAGAAGGACAGGCCAUAAAUAAUAUACCUUUACCCGUCAAGCCCGGAAGCGCUGGCAAGGCGAUGCCUGGUUUCGAUAUCAAGGUAGUUGAUGAUGACGGCAACGAGGUGAAAAGAGGGAAAAUGGGUAAUAUUGUUUUGGCAACACCACUUGGCCCAACUGGCUUCACGAUGUUGUGGAACGAUGAAGAAAGAUUUUACGGUAGUUAUCUUAAGAGAUUUGAUGGGAAAUGGAUCGACACCGGUGAUGCCGGGGUUAUAGAUGCGAAUGGAUAUGUCAGUAUCAUGAGUCGAAGCGACGACCUAAUCAAUACGGCAGGCCACCGCUUGUCGACUGGCUCUAUCGAACAAGCCAUAACGAGUCAUCCUCUAGUCGCCGAAGCUAGCGUUGUCGGCAUUCCAGACUCCCUGAAAGGCCAGCUUCCCUUCGCUUUUAUAACACUGUCAAUUCCCGAACAUCCUACAUCCGCCGUACCAGAGGAAAAUUUAUACAAUGAGAUACAAAACCUAGUUCGGACCCAGAUCGGAGGUAUUGCAACUCUUGGAGGUAUAAUACAGGGUAAAGGCAUGAUUCCCAAAACGCGAUCCGGCAAGACCCUUCGGAGGGUUUUGAGAGAACUGGUCGAGAACGCGGUUCAUGAGGAGCUUGACAAUGAAGUACAGUACCCAGCUACUAUCGAAGAUGUAUCUGUGAUUGAUACGGCGAGAUCUAAGAUUGCCGAGUAUUUUAAGCACAAAGGAGAUGCGCAUAAAGCAAUCGAGGCGAGAGCAAAGCUGUAGGACCUGUUCCGUUACCCAAGCCUCAGCUUCGAAGACUGGAUCAUUACUAUUUUUACUGUCGGUGUCUCGGGUUAGGCGCAAACAAUUGUCGCACGAAUAUGCGCUCGAGGCUUUGAAGUCUAGGACUCUGGCGAUGCCCCGAUAGUUUCAACCUCGGAGUGGUCUCAUAUAUCCCCUUCUUCGCAUCAUUAUCUAGAU